ACGGUGUCACUGUACUAGCAAUGUCGUCAGCACAUGACACACACUCUUGAUCAAGACCUUGAGGGUAGUUUCAUCCACAUUGUAGCUGACACUACUCAGCUGCAGACAUGAACAACCAAGGCGUGACUUAUGCGGAACUCCAUCAUGCUAAGGGCUCAAAAAGACAGCAAGUGCAACCUAAGGGCACGAAAAGUUCCAUUUCAGUAACUGAGGAGGAGAUAGCCUAUGCAGAAUUAAAUCUUCAAAAUGCUUCUCGGGACCUUCAAGGGAAUGGCAAGAACUCUCCCUGCAAAGAGAAGCUCAUUGCCAGUAUCUUGGGAACCCUCUGCCUCGUCUUGAUGUCCACUGUGGUAACAAUAGCUGUUAUUCCCUCUACUGAAGGACCAGCGCAGAACAAAACAUCCCUGGAAACAAUGAUCCAGAAAGCGUGUCUCUGUUGUCAUUGUCUGAAAGAGUCGUUUACGUAUUCCAACAAUUGCUAUUAUGUUAGCACUGAGGGAAAAUUGUGGAAUGAGAGUUUGAUGUCCUGUGCUUCUAAGAACUCUAACCUGCUCUACUAUGAUGAUGAAGAGGACAAGUUUUUGUUGAAUUUAUUCUCUAUUACUACAUGGAUUAGAGGCUCCCAGAGAAGCAAUCAUAGUUCAUCUGUGCAGCCAAAAGCCUUAACAUUUUCUCCCGAAGUGUUGUCAGUAUCUUCAGAGAUCGACAAGAAUUGUCCAUAUAUCGAUUUUCAUACAGAAAAAAUUAAUUUUGCACCAUGCUCAGUAAGAAGACGAUAUGUUUGUAAGCACCAGGCAUUGUAGUUACCUCAUUUUGGUAUAAUGCAGUUUCACCAUUGUUAAGGAAUCCAUCACUCAUUACUUCAACAGCCAUACAAUUGUUUUCGUUGCACAUUUUGAAGAUAAUGUUUUUUAGUGUAAUUUUAGAUUCACAACAAAACUAAGAGGAAGUUCCAGAGAACCCUCUAUUGCCCCUGUCUGCACACGUGCAUGGGGUCUUCCAUUAUCACCAUCAUUCACUAAAACGUUUCAUUUUUUAACAAGGAUGAAUCCGUAUCAAUGCAUCUAUAUCACCCAAAGUCCAACGUGUACCUGGGGCUUCAUUCUUUGUGGUAUAGAACUGUUUCUCAAAUUUAAUUAUAUUAAUGUAAAAAAUAUAUACUGAGGUAUAUAUUAUUUGUUUCUUACGCUUUUGCUAUUUAGUAACAUUAAUUAUAUGUAUAUGUCUGUAUAUAUAUAUAUAUAUAUAUAUAUAUAUAUAUUACAAAUCAUGAUAUUAUUGUAAAAAUUCUCAACAAAGUGAAUAAUUCCAUUUGUAUUUCCAAAUUAAUUAAUUUGUCCUAACCCUUAAAGGACCUCAAAUGAGGAUUGAACCACCCAGGGUGAUGAGGUUAUCAGUCUGAAAUGAGUCAGGAGACAGAAACAAGGGGACACUUGAAGUAAACAUUUAUCUACUUAUAAGAGAAAGUUUACUAAAAGGAAACGAUGCUAGUUAAAGAAAAUUACAAAGAAUAUCCUAGAAUUAAAGGACAGAUCACUGAAGCCAGAUCUACUCUCUGAAGAUGGGAUUCAGAUGUCAUUGAAGACGAUGUGGCUACACACAGCUUCACGGCUGACAGGCUCACUGGAUUGGCAUGGGACAGAUCAGCUCCACACUCCACAGGUUGAACUUGAUUAGGAAGGAUCUCAGGCUGUGACUGGCACACAGGAAGAGCUCCCUGUCAGAGCGUCAGGAGGAAAGACCAGAAGACAGGAAACUGACAGAUUGCCUACAAGAACUUGCUGGAGGACGAAUACACGUGACUUCCUGUAAGACUGCAACUGGCAACCAAGCCAUGGCGGCCAAAGGAGAGACAACACCAUGAAGCCAGGAAGAAGAGCCCUUUCUGCUGCACUGGCUCUCCAUUGUCUUUUACUGACAAAAGUCAACUUCAUGUGAGAUGACAAGAGAGAAAAUGGAUAGGAUCUUCCACUGUUAUCUGAGAACAGGGCACAGAGGAUGGAUUUGGAGCUGAGAGUACUAAAUGAACAGCCCCUUCAGGUUAUCAUAGAACAACCACAGGGAUGCUGUAUAAGAGCCAUUCAGAUCGGCGCACUUCCUCCGAUAAUGGAACCAAAGUGUACUCUCCAAAUCCCUCUUGGUACCACACUAUCAAAGGUUACACUCAUUUUGAGGUAGAGAUGGCUUUCUAGUUGGAUAAUAACCAGUAUCUUAUUUGUUGUUUUCCUCACAUGGAUUCAAAUAUUUUGGAAAAGAUUUAUUUUUUUAAUAUUUUCAUGCACACACCUCUGUCAGUCUUUACGACCGUGCUAAAAAAUACUUUGAGGCAAAAAAAUAAAAUGUUCAGUAAUAGAGAAAACAAAAAAUUAAAAUGUACAAAAAUUAGUGUGGGUCAAAUGUUUAGUUAUUGCCAGAAUUCAAGACAAACUUGAGUAAUUUGUUGACGAUUCAGAGAUAUUUCUACCCUUAUUCAAUUAUAAGAGGGAAAGAGAUUAACCUUGAUUAUUAUUUGCAAACCAAAUUCAUAUUUCACAUAUAUUUAUAUCUGUGAAGUGAGACAUAUUCUUUAUAUUCUCUGUACAUAAUCCUUAUAGUCUUCUAGAAAAAAUUAUAUGAAUAUUCAAAAUGAAUUGAAUAUAGUUGUUAAUGGGAACUGUAACUAAUUAUUAAAGUUGUGUUUCAUAGUACCCAAGUUUGCAAUGACAUUGAAAAUUACACAUUAAUUUUUCAUUUACCUGUUUGUGGUUUGGCUAUGUUAUAACUGAUCAAGGCUGGACUUGACUCCAGACUACAUGUUAUAGCUGAUCAAGGCUGGACCUUACUCCGGACUGCAUAAACAUUCAGCUCAGAACCCUGUAUAGAUUUCAUUUUGAGAAGAUCGGGCUGCCUGGUCUAUGAUUUUAUAGCAGAGAUAACAGCUAGCAGAAAUGUGUUUCUUAGUGCCUGGUCUCUGAAGUCAUGAGCUAUCACAUUCCCACUCACAUUACAUUGUGAAAACAAGUGAUCACAUCCUUACAUUAUAUUGUGAAAACAAGUCACAUGGGCCAACUUCUCGUGGUUGUGUAGAGUAUACUCUUUUCAACGUUGUCAGAGGGAAGAAAUGUAGAUUCACUGAAAAUAACCUAAUCUACCACUAUAGCCAUAGGAAUGUUUUUUUAUUAUAUUGCUUGAUUUAGAUAAGUUUGUAAAAGAAAAUAUGGAUAGUUUCUAAAAGAUAUGUUUGCAAAAGUAAAUGAUUGGGAAAUGGAUUAAAAAUUUAGUACUUUCUUAACUUCCCAACUGGGUCUUUUUCUUCUGUGCUGAAAAUCCUAAAGCAGUUUUCUACAGUGACAGACAUAAUGGUAUAGGUGCUUUCACCACGGUCCUUGAUCAACUUACAAAUAAGGUAUAAGCAUAAAGGUGUAAAGUAAGGCAUUGGCAGUGAACGUGGUCUCUUCAUGAAAUUUCUAAGUGCACACUUGUAGUCCUGGGGCUCAGUUUUGUAACUGCUCUGGCUCAGUUUCCUCUGCUAGAAAUUAUGGAAGAAAUAGUAUCUUAUUCAUAGUUACUUGAAGAGUAUUUGAACAGUACCUCUUGGCCCAUGAGCGUUCACUAGAUCUGAGUCGUUUUGGCUUAAGAGCUUGAUGCUUUUGUGCCAUCACCUGUGACAUGAUGACCUUAAUUGUAACAACUUAUGUAGGAAUAAAUAAAAAUAAACAAUAUGAUGCCGAUAGAUCCUUGAAAUAAAGCCUAAGUCCAUUAA